CCGGGUUGCAGAGAUGGAGUACAGAGACACCGAACUGUGAUUUUUGUGUUCCAUCGGUUUGGCCUGUUCCUUUGUUGUUCAGUACAUGGAUUUUUAGCUCUCAGGGUUAAUCGCAACAUCACCGAAUUAUUUUACGGAAUAAGACGCCUUUGUUGAUUCGUACAUCCAAUAUGAUGUCGAAGAGAACACUGACACGGCAAGUACUGUUGUUCAUCUCGAUCCUCUCUCUCGGUUCAGUGCACUCGCAGGUCAGUUAUUCUAUUCCUGAAGAAAUGGUGAAAGGUUCUUUAGUCGGUAACGUAGCGCAAGAUAUAGGUUUAGAUAUAAAGAGACUGAAAUCAGGUAAAGCUCGUAUUUAUACUGGAGACAGCGGAGAAUACAUCGAGCUGAAUAAAGAAAGGGGAGUCCUCCUCAUCAAAGAGAGAAUAGACCGUGAAGCGCUCUGCGGACAGACGACGCCUUGUGCAAUACAUUUUCAGAUAAUUCUAGAGAAUCCAAUGGAGCUAUUCCGUGUAACUGUGGAAAUCACAGAUAUAAAUGAUAACGCUCCUGUUUUUAAAAAGAAUGAGAAAAUGUUUGAAAUAAGUGAAUCUGCUGUAACUGGGGCCACGUUCAUGCUAGAGAGAGCAAUGGACCCAGACGUUGGUGUUAACGGCUUACAGAGCUACGCCCUAAAACCUACUGAUAAGUUUCAGUUGAAAUUAAAAAAUCAACCAGAUGGAAGUAAAAAGGUAGAAAUGGUUUUACAGAAAUCCUUAGAUCGCGAGAAACAGGAGACAAUAUCGUUGUUGUUAACAGCAGUAGACGGUGGUGAGCCUCAACUGUCUGGGACAUUGCAGAUACUUAUUACUGUCUUAGACGCAAAUGAUAAUGCACCCGUUUUUACUCAGGAGAUUUACAAAGCGACCGUUGUUGAAAACUCUCCUAAGGGUGCAGUGCUGGCAAAAGUCAGUGCAUCAGAUGCGGAUAAAGGUUUGAAUAGUGUUGUUAGCUACUCAUUGUCUGGGGGUACUGAAGAUCAGUCUGAUGCGUUUGAGAUAGACAGCAAGACAGGUGAACUGAGAUUAACCGGCCAAAUAGAUUACGAAAAGGCCAAACACUAUCAAAUGUUUAUCGAAGCUAUGGAUGAAGGAGGAUUAUCAGACUCCAGUAAAAUAAUCAUUGACGUUAUUGAUGUCAAUGACAACAGCCCCUUUAUAAAUGUGAUGACAAAGUCGGGUUCAAUAGCCGAAAAUGCAAUGCCGAGUACAGUGAUAGCUAUGAUAAGCAUUAACGACCCGGACUCUGAUAGUAAUGGCCAUCUGAGCUGUGAUAUAAACGAAAAUAUUCCGUUCACGAUUAAAACUACAUCUAAUGGUUUCUAUAGCGUAGUAACAGAAAGUGAAUUGGACCGAGAGAGAGCGUCUGAGUAUAACAUCAGUGUCACGUGUUCUGAUGAGGGCGUGCCCUCGCUCUCCAGCAGCGUCACUCUCACCUUACAGAUAUCAGAUGUGAAUGACAACGCGCCUGUCUUUGAGAGGAGCUCAUAUGAGGCCUACAUUAUAGAAAACAACACACCGGGCCUCUCUAUAUUCACAGUGAAAGCCAGAGAUGAUGACUGGAACCAGAAUGCUCGUGUUUCUUACAUACUGGAGGACUCCUCGGUUAACGGAGUGCCCGUCUCCUCAUAUGUGUCCAUUAGUGCUGACAGUGGAGUCGUCCAUGCAGUGCGUUCUUUUGACUUCGAGCAAAUCAAGGAUUUCCAGUUCCGCGUCAAAGCGCAGGAUGGAGGCUCCCCUCCACUCAGUAGCAAUGUGACUGUGAAAAUAAUGAUCCAGGACCAGAACGACAACGCACCUCAGGUUCUGUACCCAGUCCAGACUGGCGGCUCUCUGGUGGCUGAAAUGGUGCCUCGUUCAGCAGAUGUGGGCUAUCUGGUCACUAAAGUGGUGGCUGUUGAUGUGGACUCUGGACAGAAUUCCUGGCUGUCCUAUAAACUGCAGAAAGCCGCAGACAGGGCGCUGUUUGAAGUGGGCUUACAGAAUGGGGAAAUAAGAACUGUUCGCCAAGUGACUGAUAAAGAUGCAGUGAAACAAAGGCUCACUGUUGUAGUGGAGGACAACGGGCAGCCCUCUCGUUCAGCUACAGUCAAUGUUAACGUGGCGGUGGCGGACAGCUUCCCUGAAGUGCUCUCGGAGUUCACUGACUUUACGCACGACAAGGAGUACAAUGACAACCUUACUUUUUACUUAGUCUUGGCUUUGGCUGUAGUUUCAUUUCUGUUCAUCACGUGUUUAGUGGUUAUUAUAUCAGUGAAAAUAUACAGAUGGAGACAGUCUCGUAUCCUCUAUCAUUCUAAUCUCCCGGUGAUUCCGUAUUAUCCACCGCGUUACGCAGACACUUUGGGGACGGGAACUUUACAGCACGUGUACAAUUACGAGGUGUGCAGGACGACUGACUCCAGAAAGAGUGACUGUAAGUUCGCCAGACCGGGUAGUCAGAACGUCCUGACAAUGGACCCCAAUUUGACAGGAACCAUGCAGCGGAUACAGAGUGAAAUGAGUAUCUUAGACGAACAGGACUCGCAACUGGAGGUUAGUCAAUUUAAUUCAGAUUUUUCCCAUUUGUAUGAUCACUCAAAACAACUUAAUCAGAGUUCGCACACUGGUAAAUAG